GCUGUAUUCCGCUACUAGACUAGUACAGUAUUUCUAUACAAUAGUUGAAGCUCAGUGUCUCUUUCUCACGGAGACAAAUCAGAUUUCUCUUUCUUUUCCUUCUCCCAACCGAACCAUCUCACUGAAGAAGAAGCCAAAACCCACAACAAUCGAGAAGCUUCAGCCUUGAAGACAAAGACCGCCCGUUCCAUUCUCAGUCUUCCUUUUCUGUCCGAUGCGUCUACGACGGAAAGCCCUAAUUCCUCCACCUUCAUAAAACGAGAAAGCGCAUCAAUGGGGGAUUCCGGCCACCGGAGGAAACCACAUUCUCGCCGUGAAGGUCGUGGGUACCGCCGGAGUUGGUGUUGUUCCUUCGGCAUUUCUCCUGACAGCCCCGAAAAUCUGAGUUUCUCUCGACCCAAAACUCCUCAGAAAUCUGAGGUCCUCUCCAAAUCUGGUGGUGGGUCGUUCCCGAGCUCUCCGCAGAGCAUCAAUAGAACAGGCUUGGGCUUGGUUGGCCGCAUCGACCCUCGUCGUAUCUUGUCUCCUGGAAGGGUUUCUCCCAUCGAUUCCGACACUGCGAUCGAGACCUCCUCUGUUGCCGAAGUGGUUACCCAGUUGGGGUCCCCAGAGAAAUUGACGAUACCAGAAGUAGCUGAAGUUAGAGCUUCAUCUUCCAUUCCCCCUGCCUCUUCCUUUUCCUCCUCUGCUCUCAACAAUGAUGUGGCCAAGGAUCAUGGGAAUUGUUGUGGGGUGUUCGAUUUGAGGUUGAACUUGAAAGGAAAGAAUGGGAGCUGUCUGGUUUUGGAGUUGGACUCUGAGGUUCUUUCGGCGAAUAGCUCACUCUUUGCAGAGUUGGUCUCAGAUUUUCGAAAGGGUUCAGGAGGCAAUUCGGCGACCAGUCUUUGUAGGAUCGAAGUGCCUGAUGUUGCAAAUCUCGGAAUCUUUCAGCAGGCCAUUGAGCUUAUGUUUGAGGAAGAUAUCACGAGGCGACUUAUCAAGAUUGGAGUGUCCCGUUCGAUUGAUAUACUGGAAGUAUCAGCAGGUUUCAUGUUUACCAGGGGGGUAUUCUCUUGUUUGAAAUACCUUGAAGCUGUACCUUGGACUGAGGCUGAAGAGGAGAAGCUGAAGAAACUGUUUACUAGAGUUACAUUUGAUGAUGUAACAGCUAGAGAUGUGCUGGCCAGGCUGUAUUCGCCACAUGUGAACAACUCUCAGCAACAUUUGGCCAUGCAGCUGGUUUGGUCAAUCACCAGUGGUGCUGAUGCGAAUGCAAGGACCAAUCUCAAGUCCUUGGUCAAGGGCCUACUAUCAAAGAGCUCAGUCUAUGACAAAGAACCUGCUAGCCUUAACAAGCAGGAUAUCUAUGUUGUUUGUCAGUCAUGCCUGGGUUCAUUGAUCGGUCUCUUUGAGGAGGCCUGUGACUCUCUUACUGAGGAGAAAUUAACAGAGAAAGAGAUGAGUAGGCCGCUGAUCGAGCGGCUCUCAAGGCAAGUUGACAAUAUCAAUUGGCUUCUAGAGAUACUACUGGAUCGGCAAAUGGCUGAAGAUUUUGUUAGUACAUGGGCAGACCAAGUACAGUUGGUGAGGAUGCAUGAAAAGUCAUCUCCGAUGGUCAGGUAUGAGAUCAGUCGGAUUUCAGCUUGCAUAUUCACUGCACUGGGAAGCGGGAAGUUGCAUUGCCGGUCUGAGGCAAGGUGCAGGGUUCUUCAGUUAUGGUUUGGGCCAAUGCUGGUGGACUUUGGUUGGCUGCAGAGGUGCAAGAAGGGGCUUGAUGUGAAGGAGUUGGAGGAAGCCAUGGGUCAUGCACUCCUGACCCUACCUCUGAAGCAGCAACACAACCUGUUUAUGGAAUGGCUCCACCAUUUCUCCAGUCAUGGUGCUGAGUGUCCUAAUCUCAGAAAAGCAUUUCAAAUUUGGUGGCACAGAUCCUUCUCGAGAGCCCCUGAGAUUCAAACGAUUGAAGCACGGUAGCCAUUUCUACUGACCUCUCUCAUAUAUGUACCAUGGUGUACUUGUAUCUUGUAGCUUGAGGUUGUCUAGUGUAGAUGGAAGGCAAUAAUGCAGAUCAAACUGUAUAGAGUUUUUUGAGGGCCCAAGAACUAUCAAGAGCUGAAUCAAUUGCAGAAAGCAAGUGGAAGCUAAUAAUGCAAAUUUACCAUGUAGAGUGCUUCAUUGCCUAAAGAUCCAUCAAUUUCUA